AUGAAUGCAUUGAGGCUAACGGUGGAGAAACUCCAGGAGGAGUUGAGGGUGAAGCGGUAUCGGCUGGCGAUCGUGCAAGAGCGCCUGGUGCCGGAGUUCGACCCGUCGGACGAUGAAAGCGAUAUCAAGCAAUGGGUUCGGGACGUGGAUCGCAUCGCGCGACUGGCUGGCUGGUGCGAUGACGAUGUAAUGUGCAAUAUAGAACGCCAGCUACGCGGACAUGCCCGCCAGUUGUUCGACGAGGAGCAGCGACGGGACACGACGUGGGGAACGUUGAAGUCGACGCUGGUGGCCUGGUUCAAGAAGCCGGUGCCCUUCAAUCGUUUAUUGAAGGAGGCCGCUGACUAUGCCGCCAUGCCCGGACAAAAGUUGGGCGAUUAUUGCUUCACAAAACUGGCGAAGUUGCGGGCCCUGAAACUCGAGAUCCCAGACAAGUACAUGAGGGACGCGGUCAUCGGGAGUAUCGGCGACGAGGCCAUCGAGCGCACGAUACGCGCGAACAAGUAUGCCACCGUCGAUGAAUUGUACGUGGCAAUGAGGCAAAUGGGCUCGAUGCCGACGGCGGACGAGACCCUGUCGAUGAAAACGUCGCAGCCCGUGGCGUGUAUGUCAACCGCCGUACCGGGAUCCUCAGGGCUGCAGCCAUCGAAACGGAAAUCGGGCGAUGGGAAGCGGCCGAACACCAGGGCCGUGUGCUUUAAUUGCGGAGAGGAGGGGCAAAUCUCCAGGUCGUGCCUGAAGUACAAGCACGCGUGCUCUGCGUGCAUGAAGAAAGGACAUAUGAAGCGGUACUGCUUUCGGGUGAAAGCAACGACACACGCGUUACAAAAAUCCACGUAGGUUGCUUGCUCAGGGACGAGCAGAGAUGCACGAUGGCCGAGUGUAAGGCGUUGGAGAAAAGGCGAGGCCCCAGGCCGAGGCGUUCGUAAGAGACCGCGUCUGGCCUUCUUCCAUGAACACCCC